AUGAACAGCAUACCAACAGAUAUCCGAGAUGCUGACGCGAUAAUCCGAGUAUGUUCGUAUCACCGACGCGACUUUGACCUCGUUGUCGUCCGUUCGCGCCCACACGACAUGCAGUUGGUCCAGACAUCUCUUCAGGCCGCCUUCGGGACAUUGCCGACCGCUAAACUCGGGAUCUUUAAUCAUCUCCCUGUGGAACUUAUGUUUCUAGUACUCCGUAACCUCGACAUUCGUUCUUUCUUCUACUUCCGUCAAAUCAACCGGCAAGCUCGCGUCCUAUCAACCGGACUUUACGAAUAUCAACUGGUCUCUAAGUAUGGCCUGGAGGGCCUGCGAGGUUUAUUGCGCGCCGGGCUUGCUCACUGCUUUACCAUUGUCGACCUUUACCGGCCUCUUAUAACGGAUAAAUGCUUAACCUGUGGUGGUUUUGGAGGUUUCUUAUUCCUCUUUACCGCUGAGAGAUGUUGCUUCGACUGCCUCCAGUCUUCAGCCCACUAUCGUGUCCUCCCUCCAUCUACUUUCGCCAAACUUAUAUAUAUAUCUCUAAGUCGGCUCCUGCACCUAUCGGGGCCAACUUUGCAGACCGUGCCUGGCACCUAUAACAUGAUGGAUAUACCGGCCAGACGACCGAAGUAUUUAAUACUUGAAGAGAACGCCACACAAAUGCUUCUUGCCGCUAAAGCCAUCAGCCAAGACGCAACUCGAAAUCUAAGAAUCCGCAGAGAGCAGCCAGAACAACGCCUUAUGGCAGCGACGGCAUAUCCGUGCUACAGUUUGGAGAAUGCCAAACUCGAGCGUGGUGUCAGUUGCAAGGGCUGCCAAGUUCGUUUGGAACUCCUCCGCGGUGAUUCGCAUCGGCUUGCCCGAGACCGGACUUUUUCGAUACAAGGCUUCUUAUCUCACUUUACAGUAUGUGUCGAAGCACAGCAUAUCUGGGCGGAGAGCGAAGAUGGAACGCGGCCUGUCAAUGAGCCAGAGCUCACUCGCCGCUGUGGUUAUUUCACGCGGCUUGGCUCUGACGGGCUCCCUAGGUGA